AUGGCUGACGUGCUCGACCAUACGGUCCAGCCAAUCAUGAAAAUCGAUUCAAAAAGCCUUGGCCAGUAUGAGCUUGAGGAAGCAGAGGAUGUCGAUUUGUCGGCUCCGAACACAAGCUUCGAUGAAGAAGUUGAGGCAGAGCUCCACGCCCGCACUUGGAUCGCCCUGGCAGCCUUUUUCCUGUUGAACUACACCCAGGUUGUAGCCCUUCAGGGUCCUUCUGCUGUUCUGACCUACAUUGGAACGGAUCUCCACAACACAGAAGCUCAAACAUGGGUAGUUGUGGUACUUUCGCUCGUCCAGGGAGUCCUUGGGCCAAUUAUUUCAACAGCUUCCGACACCUUCCAAGCUCGAAAGCUGUUUCUCGUCGGCUCCUCUGUCAUUUCUUUUAUCGGGGCUUGCAUCGCCCCUGGGUCCAGCACUAUCUAUCGACUCAUCGGUGCUAAUAUCCUUAUCGGUGUUGGCUUCGCAUCGGUGCCCCUAGCUUAUGCCGUCCCCAGCGAGAUUCUGCCCCGGAGAUGGCGUCCAUUGGCGCAAGCCGGGGUCAACAUUGCAGCCCUCCUUGCGACUAUUUCAGGCCCUUUCACAAUCGGUGCUUUGACUAAGCGCAACGCCCACACUGGCUGGCGCUUGUUUUUUUGGUUUCAGGCUGCCCUUUGGGGCGCUACCACCAUGGCGCUGUUUGUGGGCUAUCAUCCACCUAAACGACAUACCACCUUUGACCAUCUCUCCUUCUGGAGCAAGAUAGGCCACAUCGAUCUGAUCGGCUGCGGGCUUCUCGCAGCUGGAUUGGCUCUUUUUAUCACAGGUACUAGUCUCGGAGGCGGUCUGUACAGCUGGACCAACGCACGAACUCUAUCAACCAUUAUCAUCGGAAUCCUGACGCUCAUCGCUUUCGGUAUCUAUGAGUGGAAGGGGACGAAGACUGGCAUGCUUCACCAUGAUCUAUUCCGUGGUGGCCGCAACAAGGGACGAACAUUCGCCAUCUGCGUCGCAUUGCUCUUCAUGGAGGCUGUCAUGAUUUUUGGCUUUGGAUUAUUCUAUCCGAUCCUGUCACAAGUUCUGUUCACAACUGAUCCCGUCCUGAUUGUCGCUCGUUUACAGGCAUGCUGGAUUCCCGCCAUUUUCUCCACCGUUUUCUGGGGGUAUACCAGUACUCGCUUCCGAACUAUUCGCGAACCACUGCUCAUCGGAUUUGUACUCUUCACUAGCGGCUUGGUGGGACUUUCUACAAUUCAACCAGGACAAUCUGUCAAUGCCAUCGCAUUUUCUUGUCUCACUGGUAUCGGAUUUGGCGCCCCACUCAUUCUCAUCGUUACCGGUGUUCAGCUUUCCGCGCCGCACAAAUUAAUUGCCACGGCUACGGCAUGUACAACCUCUUCACGCGCCAUAGCUGGUGCCGUUUUCUCAGGGAUCAAUGCGGCUGCCUUCAACACUCGCCUGAAGAAUUACUUGCCAAAGUACGUCGCAAAGGCUGCUUUGGCUGCUGGACUGCCUACCGCAUCCCUUCCGGCGUUCAUCCAAGCCCUGACUGAAGGCGACACUGCGGCGCUGGCCCAAGUCUCCGGUGUCACUUCUACCAUCAUUGCCAAAGGAGUUCGCGCUUUGCAGCAGGCGUUUGCAGACUCCCUCCGGAUUGUAUUCAUCAUUGCAGUUCCAUUUGGAGUAGUCGCCUGUAUCGCCUGCUGGUUCCUAGGCGAUUUAAGAGAGACGAUGAAUUACCGCGUCGACGCACCGGUCGAGGAGUUGCACGCACAGGCAAAGCGAAGCCACCACAUAGUGACAUCAUGA